CAGUUGUCUAGUACCGGUCCGCCGACAACAUUUUCGUCCUUAAUGGCCUAGCUCUCACCAACCACGGGUCUCCGCCCCUUCCGUCAAUGAUUUGACGACGAUGUCUCGCCUUGAUAGAUCGACCAGUCUAGAUCCACCACCGGAAAAGACCAUUUUUCGCAUAGAUCUAAAUGAAGAUCGUCCAGUUCACUCGACGACAACGUCGAUGUACGCUCCUAGCGAAGCAGGGGAUCUCGCCAUGCCUUCGGUUUUGUUUCCAUCCAUGCGGUUGAUGCUGGCAGCGAUGUUGUGCUGCUGCUUCAUCACACUCUCCAUAUCCAGUUCAAAUCUCGCUGUAGCGCUGAUUUGUAUGACUUCUUGCCCACAUCAUGGAUACGGAGGAGAUCUGAAGUGGAAAACAGAACAGGAAGGCUUGGUGCUGGCUGCCCAGAAUGCUGGUUCGCUCCUCACUUUGGUCACAGGAAUGUGGGCGGAUCGUCUCAACGGGAAGUGGAUGGUUUUCGUUGCCCUUCUCCUGUGCUGCGUUGGGAACUUAGUUCUCCCUCUGUUUGCUGCCGAAUCAUUUUGGUUCGCUGUAGCUGCCAGAGUCGCUGUAGGAGCUUCGGAUGCUUGUCUGAUGCCUGCCUGUAAUUCGCUGAUUACAAGGUGGUUCCCACAAUCCGAACGAGCGGCAGCUAUAGGACUUAUCUCGGGCGGACGACAAAUAGGAACUCUUUUCAUCCUACCAACAGCUGGCUAUCUAUGCACGAGGAAAGACAUCCUCGACGGAUGGCCUGCAAUAUUCUACUUGUCAGCAUGCAUUUCCAUUCUAGUCACAGUUUUCUGGAUUCCAUUUGGAGCGGACAAACCAGCAAAACAAUGCUGCAUUUCGGGUCGAGAGCGAAAUUUUAUCGAAAGCAGAAUAGCAUGCGAAUCAAUCGGAAAACGAACAGAUCGCUCUCGCCGUGUACCUUACCAGGCUAUGCUAAAAUCAAAAGCAUUGUGGGCAUCAAUUUUUGCCCUGGUGUGUCAUGAGUACCCAUUGGUCAUCAUGUUGCAGUUCCUUCCGAACUACAUGCGUGACGUGCUCGAGUUUGCACCCACUCAAAAUGGACUAAUGGCAGCUUUGCCUAUUCUUUGUCUAUUCUUAUCAAAGACGGUCUCAUCGUCGUUUGCAACUUAUCUGGUUGAGAAAAGGGACAUGGACAAGACAGUCGUGUGCAAGGGUUUCAAUGCUGUGGCAUCUGGAGGUCUAGCGAUGUGCAUCUUCAUUGUUCCUCUCUUCGAUAAAAAUCAAGCAGUGUUUGCUGUCGUUUCGCUUUGUGGUGCCAUGGUUUUUGCAGGAAUGCACACUCCCGGAGUAAUCACUGCCUUAGUCCAGCUUGCUCCACCAUUUUCGGGUAUCAUCACCGGUUGGUCCUUCUUUGCUGUAGCCUGGUUCAGUAUCGGAAACAAGAUUCUAACGAAGCACAUCGUCCAGCAAGGCGCUGCUUCGGAAUGGUCGAUGGUUUUUCGGGUUUCGGCUUUAGUAGCCGCACUGCCUGUCUUUGUUUUCACUUGGUGGGGCUCUGCUGACAGACAGAUAUGGGCUGCACCAUCAUCCAAAGCUUCGGUUUGCUCAUUUUCCACUUACAGGAAGUCAAAAAGUGGCGCAACUAUUUGCACACAGCUAUCCCGAGAAACGUCCUUGUCCUCGAUGUCUACACGUGAUGGAGUUCCGGUGAAAAGAAAAGUCUCCAACAACAGCGUGUCUCGAACUGGCAGUCUUGCAAAGAAUCUCAACGAAGCCAAAUCUUAG